GGGGUAAACGUUGAUAAAGUAUCAAUCUAAUCAAAGGAUUUUUUUUUUUUAAAAGCAGGUUGUCCUCUUUUCUUAGCUACCACGUAUACAGUUCUGAAUAAAGAUGAAAUACAAGCUUUCGCGUCCAAUACGCCAAUGUUCGUUUAUAUGGCAACGUUUUGGGACUAAUAUUCGCUCAUUAAGUGCCUCUGCACUUACGCCUGCCAAACCACGAUUAUAUGGUCAGCCAACAGCGAAAACUCACCCACAUUUGAUGAAACCGGGAGAAGUAACACCAGGAAUAACAGCUACCGAAUACGAGUUUAGAAGAGCAAGGUUGAUGAAUAUGCUUCCAGAAAAUAGUGUUGCAAUCGCAUUAGGGUAUCGAACAAGAUAUAUGUCAAACAAAGUAUUAUAUAUAUCAUAAAAUUUACAAUUUAUGCAGUACAAAGCAUAAUUUAAAAUUUUUUUUAUAAUUAUUUUUAGAGAUAAAAAUGAAAAUUCUCAUGAUUUCAUCUUUUUUUUUAUAUUUAUAGUUAUCCGUUCCAUCAAAAUACCGACUUCUUUUAUUUA